CUCUCUCUGCCUAAUAGUCCACCACAGGUUGAGUGGCCCAGUCUUAUUUUAUGAUUCUCUCUCUCUCUCUUUCUCUUGAAGGCCUAAGCUACCAGGAGCUCCCAAUCAACAGUGUUUAUCUCUCUCUCUCUAUCUCCUUUUUCUUCUCACACUGCUAAAGUAAAGAAGCUGAGUUUUGAUCCUUGAAAUCAGGUUUGUUUCUUAUUUUUGAAGACAUAAAUGGAUUCUAAGCCAUGGAUUUGGUCAAUCUGAUCUUAAUUGUAACUCUUUAACAUUUCUGAUGGACUCGAAAACUAGUGCUAGAGCUCUCCCAAAACACCAUCAAAAGACGGCUGAGAUUCAAACCCUUGAGGCAAAAGACACAAGGCCUUCUUCACUGCCGGUUUCGAAGACGGCGAAACCUGAGCUGGCUGCACCUGAAGAUCUAUCAAAGUCUGUACAAAACACAUCAAAGCAAAAUACUGGGGAAAUUUCGGAAAGCAAGAAGUUGGGAGCUCCAAUCCAAAAGGGGUCUGCUGAAUCUUUGAGUAAUAAAUGUGGUUCUGGUGCUUCCUCAUCCAUUCCCAACAAAGCAUCUGGAGAAGUGGAUCAUGCUGUUACUGGGAACAUAGGCUCACAGGAAAGCUCUGUUGAUCAAGACAAAAAGACAUCUGAAUAUGGAAGUGUGAAGAGCAGUUCUGUUUCUGCCAAAGUUAGUGAUGGGACCAGCAGUCUUGCAAAGACAAGUGGAAGUGCAAAGACAAGUGGAAGUGCCAAGAUCAGUGAUCGAGCUGAUUUUGUCGAGAGUGGUAAGAGCAGUAUUUGCAGAGGAAGCACAAGCAGUGAUGUGAGUGAUGAGAGUACUUGUAGUAGUUUUAGUAGCAGCAUAAACAAGCCUCACAAGGCAAAUGACUUGAGAUGGGAAGCUAUCCAAGCUGUUCGAACUAGAGAUGGUGCAUUGGGUUUAGGUCACUUUAGACUACUGAAGAGGUUGGGUUGUGGGGAUAUUGGCAGUGUAUACCUCUCUGAGUUGAGCGGAACUAAAUGUUACUUUGCAAUGAAGGUAAUGGACAAAGGGUCCCUAGCAAGUCGUAAAAAGCUACUUCGUGCUCAGACAGAAAGAGAAAUUCUUCAGUCACUUGAUCACCCUUUCCUCCCCACUUUGUACACCCAUUUUGAGACAGAGAAAUUCUCAUGCUUGGUGAUGGAAUUCUGCCCAGGUGGAGACCUCCAUACUCUCAGGCAAAAGCAACCAGGGAAGCAUUUUCCUGAGCAGGCAGUAAAAUUUUAUGUGGCAGAGGUCCUACUGGCUUUGGAGUACCUCCACAUGCUUGGGAUUGUCUACCGUGAUCUUAAGCCAGAAAAUGUCCUUGUUAGGGAUGAUGGACAUAUUAUGCUCUCUGACUUUGACCUUUCCCUGCGAUGUACUGUUAGUCCAACCCUUGUUAAAACCUCAUCCAUGGAUUCUGAGCCUUUAAGAAAGAAUCCUGUUUACUGUGUCCAGCCUGCAUGUAUUGAGCCACCUUCCUGCAUCCAACCAUCCUGCGUUGCUCCUACCACAUGCUUUUCUCCACGCCUCUUUUCUAGCAAAUCAAAGAAGGACAGGAAGCCCAAAAAUGAAAUUGGCAACCAAGUUAGUCCAUUACCUGAGCUCAUUGCAGAGCCUACCGAUGCGCGGUCUAUGUCAUUUGUUGGAACCCACGAGUACUUGGCACCUGAGAUCAUUAAGGGUGAAGGGCAUGGGAGUGCAGUUGAUUGGUGGACUUUUGGAAUCUUUCUAUAUGAGCUGUUGUUUGGUAAAACACCUUUCAAGGGAUCUGGGAACCGAGCUACUUUGUUUAAUGUUGUAGGUCAGCCCUUGCGAUUUCCAGAAUCACCUGUUGUGAGUUUUGGAGCUAGGGAUCUUAUAAGGGGGUUGCUUGUGAAGGAACCUCAGCACAGAUUGGCAUAUAAACGUGGUGCUACUGAGAUUAAGCAACAUCCCUUUUUUGAAGGUGUGAAUUGGGCAUUGAUACGUUGUGCUACCCCACCUGAGAUCCCAAAGCCAGUAGAGUUUGAGAAGAUACCUUCCCCAGCCUCAUCAUCAUCUGGCGAAAAGGCUGUUAACCAUAUGUCAAUAGCUAAUCAGAAAGGUUCUGAUAAUUAUCUGGAGUUUGAUUUCUUCUAGAGAUAAACAAUAUUGAUUGCAAAUGGUUUCUAUUAGAGGUGGAGGAACUGUUUUUCAAUGUUUCAGGGACAGAUGAUGAGGAAUUGUAUGUUUGUUUUUGUUGGCUAUUUACUGUUUCAAAUUUGUAUGGCAUAAUUAAUGCAUGGCUUCUCUCUGUCUUCUCAAAGGCCUAAAAGAACAUUUUUCCACUGACUGCCAAUGCAUUAGGAAUUUGAGCCAGCACAAUGGUGGUUAGUUAUGAUGCUCUUAAGGUCCCAAUUGGUAAGUAUGCAAUUGUGGGAACUGAAGCACAAUGGGCAUUCGGCAACAUGUAGUUGCUCUAUAGACCUGAAAAUCAACAGAUCAACAAAGUUUUUAUAUUUUUCUUUGAAACAAGAGCGCCAAAAGGAGUAUCAUCUAAAUCCAAAAGCAACUAAAAUGCAAAAAUGGCUAGUUUUUGUUUUUUGAUCAUGGCAAGAAGGUUAAUAGGAAUUAUGUUUCCAUAAGCGUUACUGUUUUAAGGUGGGCACUUAUGGUCGAUGCACUUUCUGGAAGGUUGCUUUUGUUGAGUUUUUAGUAUCCUCUCUUCACAAAAAGGGAAAAAUUCUUCACAAAUGUAAUGUAAGAAGGUAUUGCAUCGCUAAACAUAAGACAUUUUAGACAGUAAAGGAUUCAUGAAGAAAAACAUUAGUUCAUGCCAAUUAGUUUUUUUUUUUUAUGGGUUUA